AUGGCACAAUACAUACCACCUAUACAUCAAGAUUUUCUUGAUGGAAGAGCUGAAUUCGUAACUGUUUCCAUGGAUCUAGAUUCAGGAAUACCGUACGGUACAAAAUUAUGUAUUCCUGAAUUGAAUGAAAAAUUUCUACGACAGAUUCCACUUCAGGCCAGAGACAGAAGUCAUUAUGAUGACGUAAAAAUAAAUUCACCUGAUUUUUCUCACGUCGAUAUCUGUGUCAGAACCGAAGAAGAUACUUACGACAAUUCAGUGAAUGGUUUGGUGACACUUUAUGCGUAAUUAUUAUUAACAGAAAAUUUAAUUUCAUUUUCAGUAAUUACAUAAAUAAGUAUAAUGAAUAUACAAAGAUAUAUUUUUCACUUAUAAUGGAACUGUUUUUAUUACUCUUAACUAAGUACUUAAAUACAAGCAUGUCAUUGAUGGCAAAAAAAA